AUGGCGAAGAGAGGAAGAGCUGCCAGGAGGACUGGUGGUUCGCCACGGGCAGCACCCACGCCCGCCGGCAGGUCUCCGGUGAGGAUCUCUGCAAGAUUCAAAUCUGGUGGUCCAGCGUCCGCGCGGUGCAUGCCGCGACGAUUUCAAGAGGGAGCAGUUGGAGCUGUCCGAGAAGAUCGGAUGCUGAAGGAGCGGAGGAGCGGGUGUGCGAGCGCGCUCUUGUCUACGUGCGCCGCCCGCUAUCACCAGGCGCUCUUCGUCGGAGUCCAUCUCGUUAUCACCCUGUUGAUAUGGUCCCGUUUGUGCCUGAAUGAGCUCAGGCAGCAGGAAGGAGUCCCUGAGUUCGUCCCCGCGAAGGCACCCCUCGCUCCAGAGGAUGCUGGGAUGCCCAUGCCCAAGUACUGGCAGAAGCGCCUGGUUCUGCCACUGGAGUUAGGCCUCAUGCACGCCAUCAUUUGGCAGAUGGUGUGGCUGCCUGCCAGGAUGAGUCACCACCUUUUCGCCCUAGUUGCUCGAACGAGGAUUCGACAUUUUAUCUGUCUGGAGCACAUGACGUUCUUCCACAUGUCCCUGGGAUACAUCAUGUGCUUCUUCAUAAUUGUUACCACCAGCGUAUUAUCCGUCUUCGUCAGGCACGGCUGA